AUGACAACAACCUUUUUAGAAAGAGUUGAACAUGUAUUACAAUUUUUAUUAAAAUUAGUAGGACCAUUAUUUGUAAUAUUUGCAACAUUAUUAAUUGGUUCAAUAGCAGUAGUUCAUUUUGUAAUAAUAUUACCCACAUUAAUUUCACCUACACAUAGAAAUGAUGAUGGAACAACUGAUAAAAUAGAUGAUACAAGCACAACUAGCCAUACAUAUUUAUUUUUAUAUAGUUUAUUUCAUUAUUCAUUAUCAUUUUUCUUAUUAUUUAAUGUUGCAUUCAAUUAUGCUUUAACAAUUAUAACUUCACCAGGUCAUCCACCAAGGGAAUCAGAUUAUUCAGAAGAGAAAAUAAUAGAAUUUAAAAGUAUUAAAACUAUAAAGAGAUCAGAGACAUAUAGAUUUUGUAUACAUUGUAGAUUACCAAAAGAAGAGAGAACUCAUCAUUGUCAAUUAUGUGGUACAUGUGUUUUAAAAAUGGAUCAUCAUUGUCCAUGGGUUAAUAAUUGUGUUGGAGCAAAUAAUCAUCGAUACUUUAUGUUAUUUUUAGUUUAUCUUUGGAUAUCAUGUGUUUAUGUUUGUAUAUUAUCCUAUCCACAUGUAUUCAAUAGUGAGAGUGGUUAUAUACCGUUUUCAAUGUUAAUGUCAUUCGUUAUCACACUAACGAUAGCAUUUGCAUUGGGUGGUUUAUUAGGUUGGCAAAUUUAUUUAAUACUUUCAAAUCAAACUACAAUCGAAUUCCUUCAUAAUAGAACUCAAUCUAAAAAAGCAAAAGCAAGAGGUGAAAUUUAUAAAAAUCCUUAUGAUUUUGGUGUCUUACAAAAUUUUAAACAAUUCUUUAAAGCUAAUAAUAAUAAUAAUAAUAAUAAUAAUAAUUUUAAUUGGUUUACAUUUGCAUUACCAACAUUACAACAUCCUGGAAAACAAAAUAAGAAAAUUGAACCUUUAUUGGAAAUUGUUUAA